CACAGCAGUGCGUACAGGUACCGUUGUGAAUUGUGAUUGUGUCCGUCUUAAACGUUUCGUUUUCAUAAUUAUACAUGCGUAAUAUGUCUAGUGACAAUACAAUGCCUGAUAAUGAGUGCCAUCGUUGUUCUGCUGGAAAAAAGGAACCUGUGACACGCACAUGUGAUGAGCAGAAAGAAAUUCUCUCGUCGGUUGUUGACGAUUAUUAUCCUUGGGGAAAACCUGGACACGGUGCUCCCAACGACGAUGGUCUUCGAAAAAGGAAAAUAUUUGCAGAUCCUCCAUCUCCUCCUUGGAAGGAAAUUAGUAAUGAAGUGACAAAAAUGGGAAGACCAGGAGGCGGUGCACCUCAAAAGACGUCGUCCGGCAAAAUCAAAAACUUCCGUAUCGAAGACCCACAACUUAGAUUUCAAUUUCAUGCUCCCGAUAGAAAUAUGGUUGACAAUGAUCUUCGAUACAGAAUGCCACUGAAAGACCAAAGAGCAUAUAAGUUGGAAUUAGAUGAAAUGGUCAGAGAAAAACAAGAAAUAGUAGAAGAAAACCGCAGAAAAGAAAUGAUCCAAGAUCAGAAAUUGAAUUCGAUCGCAGAUCCCUGGGGUACGCCAUGCCCAGGGGGUGUUAUUUGGAGAGAUCCAAAAAGUAUUGGAAAAAACUUCUUUCGAUCGUUGGGAUACGUGGAUGGAAGGAUAUUAAAAUUGGGAUCGCAUCCAAACGACAAUAAAGAAAGCACUGAAGAUAUUGAAGCGAUUACGGGAGGCGUUGAGUUAGCUCCGUUACUUGCGGCAAGAAGAAGACAUGACAAUAAAUGGCCAUUGCACACUAGCGACGUAACGAAAAUUUAUGAUCCUAAAUCAAAUUUCUUGAUAGAUGAACAAGAAUAUCACAAGUUUCUCGAAAGACAAAUCAGUGGGCGAGAAAAACGUAAACAACACGAGCACGAAGAAGAUAUACAAGAAGGACAAAAGCACCAUGAAAAUUGGAAUGAAUUCUGGGGUAGACCUGGUGGUGGAGCACCGAAAGGAACAACGAGACAAAAAGAAAAUCUUGAGUAUAUGCUCUAUCAGCUGCCUAUAAUCAACAGGUUAAAAGAAAAAGAAGAGAGAAAAAAUUGUGGCGAUUGCAAAAAAUCACCAGAAAAAUAAAUAAUUUUUUUACAGUUUGUCUCUUUGGCUCGUUUAUAGUAUUGAGUUAUAUAGUAAUAAUCCACAAUGGGAAUAGUGGUACAGCUAACAUAUUAUGUAAUGAGUUAUAAUUUAGUUCAUAGAAUAAUGUUAUGAAAUUCAAUUUCCUCAUUUAUAAAAAUCUUUGUUGCAUAUGGCCCAAUUUUAAAUUUUGUUCGACUUUAUAAAAUUAUACUUAAAUACCUAAUUAUCAUUCAUACAAUUUUUAAUUUCACGUUGAAAACAAAAUAAUAGAUGUACUUAGAAUCUGAGCAUUAGAUGCAUCUGAUGUAUUAGUUCUACUAUUUUAUGAUAAGAGUUCUUUAUUUUUUUUUAAUAUUUUCUAUAUUUUAUGGAUCUACUUUUUUUGAGAUAAUAAUUAAUAGUAUUUAAAAAAAUUACACACUAUAAUAAAUUGCCUUUGGAUUGGAAAUUAAACACGAAUAAUUUUAAAAUAUGAUUAUAAUCUUAAUUUGUAUGACCCUAAAAGACUUUCAUAGUGCCUAUAAGAUUGAAGAUUAAACUAAUAACUCAAAGAUUUCAAAAACCUUGAAAAUUACAUAUGUCUAACGAAAUGUUUUUGACCAUCUGCCCUAGUCCCUUUUUUAAACAAUAUGAUUUUAUCAAUAAAAUUACACGAUUUAUAAUGAUUUUAUCAAUCAUUUUAAAUUGUUUUUUAAGUAUAGAUUUGUGUCUAUAAUUUUUAAACAUUUUAAUUGAAUCAUGUAUUGUAGUUAUAAUUAUAUAGGUUUGUAUUUCAACUAUUACAUUUUAAAAUAUAAAAUAUUAUAACACAACGUUGGGUGGUUCAAGGUAAGUGAAACUCCAACAUCAUCAGGCUCUAUUUUAUAUUAUUUAAAAUAGGACGAUUGUUAUUCCAAAUGUCCCUUAAAAAUAUUUUUAAGAAUUGUUACGUUCACAUUUCUCUGAAUUGUUUUUUUGAUGCUUUUAAAUUGUGUUUGUUAUUGAUAUUGUAGGAAAAUUUAAAAAAAACCAUGUUUUUAAAAUACAAAAUAGUAUGGGUCUAAUUUAUAAUUUAAUGAUAGGGGCACAUAGGGCACAUGUACAAUAAAUUAGCCUGCUCAAGAAAAACGUUUUCCAAAAAAUAAAUUAGAUAACACUAAUUUUUUUAAAUAUCAUUUUUGAGCUUAGCUCAGUGGAUAAUACAAUAAUAAUGAUGUCAAAAACCGGUUUAUCCAUUUAAACAUCGAUUAAAAUUAAUGUGCGAUAUGUUUUUUAAACGUACUUUAACGACUUUUCACUUUGAAAAAUUCUGAAUACGAUAUAAUUAUAGACAUAAGCAAGUACCUAAUAUUUUUUUUCGGAUUUCUCUUUUGUUACCUACUCAUCAAAAACGGCAAUUUUCUUUAGAUUUAAUUGUUUUAUUAAAAAAAACUAUAUGCUAUCGUUAUACAUUAUGUACCAAUUUUUUUUUACUUACAAAUAAAACUGUCGAUGUCAUAACUAAUUGUAUAUUAUACUCGUACAUCCAUAAUCUAUAUAAUAUAAUUUGUUCGCUCGUUUAAACUAAAUCACUAGAAACUAAAAAAUAACAAUUCUUAUAGACACUAAUGAUAUCACGAAAAUACUUCAUUUAAAAUAAUUGUACGCAACUGUUUGUUUAAUUUGAAAAAUGAAAUGUAAUUUUUUGCAAGGUUUCGUUUGAUUAAAUAAAAACUAUUCCUUUCGUCGAUUUCCGAUUUCAAAAUAUAAAAGUACCUCUAUAGUCUUUAUAACCUACCUAAUAACAUAUUACAUUUGUAUAUGUGUAAAAUAAAUUAUUUUUCGAUUAUGUGUACGAUUAAAUUUAAAAACAUACCUACUAAUAUAUUUUUAAUUUUAGCAUAAUGAAUAUCAAAUAAUAAAUUAUAAUGUAUAAUUAUAUGAUGGUUUUUUACAAUAUAUUUUGUUACAAUAUUACAAAAAUAGUUUAUAUCAGAGUUUAUUCGCAUACAUGAUUUGUUAAUAAUUGUUGUUUAUUUAUUGAUUUUAUUUUUGUUAACUAAUACAAUAACUGAUAUUCGUCAAUGCUUAAUAAAA